AUGGGGAACAGCAGCAACGAUCUCCUCUCAUCUUCCCUGAGCUUCGACUCAUCGACAUACCUCUCCACCGGCGGCUACGAACUCGAGUCGAACUUCGAGCCGUCGAGCCUCAACCGGCUCAGCUCCAACCUCGAACGGCUGAUACUAGCCGCCGAGUACAAUGACUACAGCGAUGCUGAGAUCGAAGCCGACGGCAUCUCGGUCGGCAUUCUCCGCGGCCUCCUCGCCACCAGAAGCCCGUUUUUCCACAAGCUGUUUCAAGAAAAGAAGCCAGAAGUUGGGCCCGCCCGAGACCCGGCUGGAAAACCCAAGUACCUUCUGUCGGAGUUGGUUCCCGGUGGGAAUGUCGGGUACGAGGCUUUCAUGGUCGUCUUGAUUUAUCUUUACACGGGCCGGUUGAGGGGCCCACCUCCCGAGGUGGCCACGUGCAUUGACGAGGCGUGCCCCCACGAGUCGUGCGUGCCGAUUGUCGAUUAUCACGUGCAGCUGAUGUACGCUUGCGCCACGUUUGAGAUCAAGGAGCUAACUUCAGUUGUUGAGCAUUGCCUUCUAAACUACGUUAACAAAGUUCGCGUCGAGGAGAUCAUCCCGAUUGUGAAGGUCGCAAUCCAUUCUGGUUCAGGCGCGCUCGUCUCUCAUUGCAUCCAACGGAUCGUGCGGAUUGACGUCGAUGAUGUCAUCAUCGAGCGGACCCUCCCAACCAAUAUCGUAUCCCGAAUCAAAUCCUUACGCUCUAAAUCCAACUACGAGGAAGAGCACGACUCAUCGCAAGUGAAACUCCUCAACUACCUCAACAGUAAGGUCAUCCAAAGGAUAUACAAAGCCCUCGACUCGGACGAUAUCCAGCUCGUGAAGUUGCUACUCGACGAGGCAAACCUCUCCCUCGACGCGGCUUACGCCCUCCACUACGCAGCCGCCUUUUGCCCGCCUAAAGUGUUUGAUGAGGUCAAGAGCCUGGGGCAGGCCGACUUGAAUUUGAGGAACUCGAGAGGUUGCACGGUUCUCCACAUAGCCGUUAUGCGAAAGGAUCCUUCGAUAGUGUUGAGGGUUCUUGAGGGUGGCGGGUGUGUGAUGGACCCCACGUGGGAUGGGAGGACUGCGCUUACAAUAAGGAGGAGGUUGACUCGGCCCAAGGAUUUUCAUGAGGCGGUGGGGCCCGGGAAAGAGACGAAUGAGUACCGGUUGUGUGUAGAGGUGUUGGAGAGGGAGAUGUGGGGGAGCCCUUGGGGUGGGAGCUUGCCUGGCCCCCCGCCAGUUGUGGCGGCAGACGAUCUUCAGAUGAAGCUUCUACUUCUCGAAAAUAGAGUGGCGAUGGCACGAUCUUUGUUUCCUGCGGAAACCAGAUUAGCCAUGCACAUAGCACAUGCAGAUUCGACCUCUGAGUUUGGUGGGCUUUCGGAACCCACAUCAUGCGCCAAUUUGACGGAGUUCGAUUCAAAUGAAAUGCCACGCGACGAAGUCAAUAGGCUCCAGCAGAGAUUGCAUGCCUUGCAGAAAACCGUGGAAGCAAUGCUCCGGUUUUUCCCCAACUGCUCGGAAGCUGUGGAUAAGCUGUUGGAGGAUGACACUUUGGGUGAUCUCCUAUUGGAAGAAGGGAGUCCCGAGGAGCAGAGAACGAAGAGAGUGAGGUAUAUGGAGCUCAAGGCGGAUUUGACAAAGGCAUUCAAUAAGGACAUGACUGAAAAUAAACGCCGGGCUUCUCGUCGUGUGCCUUGUCCCGCUCGACGUAAUUCAAAAGGAUAA